CGCAUGUGGCUUUCAAUAAACUUACUGAUUUCACGCGGAAAUUUCACCUCGAACAACAAAAUGCCAUGCGACGAGUCGUAGUGACAGGUCUAGGUGCAAUUACACCAUUAGGAGUUGGUGUUCGCCGAUCGUGGUCUCGUCUACUUGAUGGGUCUUGCGGAAUUGUUUCUGUAAAGGAUAAAGGGCCUCAAUUCGCCGCUCUCCCAAGCCAAGUAGCAGCCUUGGUCCCAACUGGUAGCAAGACUACUGGAGGAUGGGACCGCACAGAAUGGCUCGCCCCUGGAGAGGACCGAAGGAUGGCUUUAUUUACGCAAUAUGCCAUUGCAGCUUCGCAGGAGGCCCUAGAAGAUGCUGAAUGGAAGCCAACAAGUCAGGAAAACCAAGAAGCAACUGGUGUAUGCAUGGGAUCGGGGAUUGGUAAUUUUGACGACGUGUAUAACACCUCUGUAGCAUAUGAAAAAGGAGGUUACAAGAAAGUUUCUCCAUUAUUUGUGCCAAAGCUUUUGAUUAAUUUGGCUGCCGGUCACAUAUCAAUGAAAUAUGGCUUCAAGGGCCCCAACCAUGCGGUUACCACAGCCUGUACGACCGGGGCUCAUGCCAUUGGCGAUGCUUCUCGAUUCAUAGCUUUUGGCGAUGCGGAUGUUAUGGUUGCCGGAGGAGCUGAGUCGUGCAUUCAUCCUCUCGCCAUCGCAGGGUUUGCACGUGCCAAAAGCCUUUCGACCGAAUUCAAUGAUACCCCUCACUUAUCCUCUCGACCUUUUGAUAAGGAUAGAUGUGGGUUUGUUAUCGGAGAAGGCGCUGGUGUUGUCGUUCUUGAAGAACUGGAGCACGCCAAGGCUCGGGGUGCUCGUAUUUAUGCCGAGGUCAAGGGAUAUGGACUUUCUGCAGACGCUCACCAUAUGACUGCGCCGAUAGAAUCCGGCCAAGGUGCUUACCUGGCAAUGAAACGCGCUCUUAAACAUGCUAAGGUGAAACCUUCCGAUGUUGACUACGUAAAUGCGCAUGCGACAUCAACGCGGAUAGGCGAUAUUGCAGAAAACUUUGCAAUUAAGAGCUUGCUGCUCGGAGAAGAUGGUUGGAAAAAGCCGUCAGAAGUAAACAUAAGUGGCAGCAAAGGUGCCAUAGGGCACCUGCUUGGCGCCGCUGGGGCCGUCGAGGCUAUCUUUACCACUCUUGCUGUAAAAGAGAAUAUCCUUCCACCCACCCUAAACUUAGAAAAUUUUGACGAGCCAGGGAAUGACUUUGACUGUAAUUAUGUGCCUGGUACGGCUCAAGAAAAGAAGGUUGGCCUUACUAACAUCCGCAUACAUCACGGCGAUAACACCGCGGUCCGGGUAGAGGCUGCAGUUACUGGGGAGGCCGACGAGAUCAACGCUCAAGUCAUCAUGGCUUCCAAGGAUGCCAACAACAGCCUAAUCGACACGACAAACAUCAAGUUCACCAAGGCCGACCGAACACCGGGAACCAUCAAAAUCAAGAAACCCGCUCCAAAGCAGACGAAGCCAGGCAAUCCUAAUUCGGAGGUCAUCGGUACUUCUCCUGGCUCCAUCGUUAACCAGCUCGAUGAGAAGGAUCUCGCGAACUUUCCUACUGGCCGUCCGAUGGAGGACCGGCCCGAUUGUGUUGUCUGCAAACAUUGCAAGAAACCGGUGUUGAAAACUGUAGCUGCGAAUCAUGUGGCCAACUGCUUGCAAAAGAAACAAGAGAAGGCGAAGAAGAAGAAGGAGGCCAAGGAAUCCAAGGAUACAAAAGACAAGGGGAAGGACAAGGAUGCGGAUACCAAAGCGGACGAUGGAGCCAAGGCAUCCGCCGAGCAGCCUGACGGGGCUCCAGAGAAAACUAAAGGUGCCAAGAAGAAUGCAGUCAAGGCUACAACGCAGGGGAAAAAGCGAAAAGCAGAUGGAGAUGCAGAAAAAGCUCCAAAGGCAAAAAAGAAGAAGGACGAACCGAAGCCAAAGGUUCCCAAACCAAAGGGCCCUGUGGAUGUCGAAAGACAAUGUGGUGUGCCACUACCCAACGGAGCCCAGUGUGCGCGGUCUUUGACAUGCAAAAGUCAUUCAAUGGGUGCCAAGCGUGCAGUUCCUGGACGCUCUUUGCCAUACGAUAUGCUCCUUGCCCAAUAUCAAAAGAAGAACCAAGCCAAACAGCAGAAAGCGGCUAUUGAUGCCAAUGCUCCUCUGCAGGAUGAAUUUGAGGCCACCGGACCGGUUGAUUCUGAUGAGGAAAAGGACAAUGUCAUGGCUGCGCUCGCACGUUCUCGGCCUUACCCCAUGGAAUCGCGCAUUCUCAUAUCCACACGUCGCAAGUAUCAGUACGUGCGCAUGAAGGAAAUGCUCUCGAACGCUCUAGGAGGAAGUCGUGGAUCGGGUCUCUUCUCUGCCGGUGAUGCUGGGAACCGAGGAAUAUCGGUCAAUGGCGGAGACGCGGAAGUUGCGAAUGGGCUACCCAGUGCUGCAACUGCGGGCAACACUGAAGGCGGACAUUCUCGACGGCCGUCGCUCUUGCAACAAGCUGUAACGUCUCAAAGUAAGGCCAUUCUUCCUGGCCAAGGUUCGAAAAAGGCGGCCACUCCAGCGCCGGCUGGGUCGUAGGAUAUGCUGUGUUUUCUUAUGGCUCGGCUGGGAUCUUCUAUCUUUAUUUUGAUUCGAAUGAUACUCUCAACUGGUGUGAGAGGCUUUUCGGGCGUCAUGGGAAGGCUGGGAGUUUUCUUUGGCACGGUCUAUGGUCCGGAUACAAGCGGAAUCGGCGUUGGUAUGGUGGGAGGAUAUACAUAUCUGCUUUUGACACAACUUUGAUGAAACGGGAGGGCGCGGCUGGGCUCACUUGCUAUGUAGCAUAUGAUUGCACUUUUACUGGGCUUACUGGCCUCUGGUGACUCAUGAAUAUUCGGUCACCAACGGUUCUCGCAGAGGAUGGAUUUUAAUAUUAUUAUUCUGUACUUAGACGAUCACAUUGUUUUUGAGGCAUCAGUUGCCUCAGAAUAGGUUGCUUGGGCCAACCGCCAAGUGUUGAAGAGCGAUGGAUAUUAAUUCGAUUUACGAUCUUCUGGACAAU